AUGGGGACUCCACCGUGGGCACCCGUGAUCUUCUCCCCCUUCUUCUUCUCCUUCUUCUUCUUCGCCGCCGGUUUUCUGGUGGGUUCCUCCGCCGGCGGAGAGGCCUUCUCUCCAGUGGACAGCUACCGCAUUGCCUGCGGGUCCCCACAGAAGCUCACCGUCCACGGCCAGGAGUUCCUCCCUGACACAGAGCGGUCCUCCUUCUCCCUCAAGUCCUCCGGCGACGGCGCCCUCUCCGCCGCCGCCGCCGCCGCCGCGUCCCUCCCGUCCCCGAUCUACCAGUCCCUCCGAUUCUUCCCGGAGCCCGCCUCGUACCGGUUCGAGAUCCGGCGACAGGGGCGCCACUGGGUCCGGCUCUACUUCUCCCCCAUCGCCGGCGCCGGCUCCGGCCACGACCUCACCGCCGCCUCCAUCACCGUCGUCGCCGGCGACUUCGUCCUGCUGCAGGGCUUCGUCUUCCGGGGUUCCGGUGCCUCCUUCGUUGCCAAGGAGUACAGCCUGAACCUCACCGCCGGCGAGCUGGUGCUCACAUUCCUGCCCUCCAACGGUUCCGUCUCCUUCGUCAACGGGAUCGAGGUUGUCUCCGCCCCCGACGAGCUCAUCGCCGACGAGGCGGCGGCGCUCCCCGCUGCCGCCGCCGUCGCCGGUCUAUCUGAGCUCUCGCUGGAAACGGUGUUCCGGUUGAACGUAGGCGGCCCUCCGGUGACCCCGGAGAACGACACGCUGGGGAGGACCUGGGAGUCCGACGAGGGGUACCUGCACGUGAACAGCUCGGCGGCGCGGGUGGCCGUUGACCCGGCGGCGAUCAGGUACCCGGAGGGCGGCGGGCUUACGACGGAGACGGCGCCGCGGUGGGUAUACGCCACCGCCGAUGCCAUGAGCGACGCUAACGUCACCGGGUCCAACUUCAACAUCACCUGGGUCUUCGCCGUUGACCCGGGGUUCCGCUACGUUGCCCGCCUCCACUUCUGCGACAUCGUCAGCAAGUCCAUGAACAACCUCGUCUUCAACGUCUACGUCAACGCCGACCUCGCCAUCCCCAGCCUCGACCUCUCAGCUCUCAAGGGCGCCCUCGCCGUCCCCUACUACAGGGACUUUGUCUGCAACGCCUCCUCUUCCUCCUCCAAUGGCAGGGGCGGCGGCGAGCUGACGGUGAGCGUGGGUCCGGACCCAAUGGCGGACCUGAGUAACGCCAUCCUGAACGGGCUGGAGGUGAUGAAGAUCAGCAACGGCGCCGGCAGCCUCGGCGGUGCCGCCUCCGCGCGGGAGCUCCUCCCGGAGGAGGCGCCGCAGCGACGGCGGCGAGCGCUCAUCGUCGCCGCCGCCGCGGGCUGCUCCGCCGCGCUGGCGCUCGCCGCCCUGUGCGGCGGAUGCUGCGUCCUCCUCCGCCGCCGCUCCCGCCGCGCCGGGGGGGCGCCCCACCCCUGGCUGCCUCUCCCGCUCUACGGCGGCGGCGGGCUGCACUCCUACAGCGCGAGCAAGGCCUCCACCGCGGCGGCGUCGGGGAAGAGCGGGGGCGGCGCCACCGCGGCGAGCGGCGCGUCGCUGGCCUCCGCCGCCGCGCGCGGCCGCGUCUUCUCCUUCCAGGAGAUCUGCGACGCCACCUCGCGGUUCGACGAGGCGUUGCUGCUCGGGGUGGGCGGCUUCGGCAAGGUGUACAGGGGAGCCCUGGAGGACGGAACCAAGGUGGCGGUGAAGCGAGGGAACCCCCGGUCGGAGCAGGGCUUGGCAGAGUUCCACACGGAGAUCCAGAUGCUCUCCAAGCUCCGGCACCGGCACCUGGUCUCCCUCAUUGGCUACUGCGACGAGAACCGGGAGAUGAUCCUCGUGUACGAGUACAUGGCCAACGGGCCGCUGCGGAGCCACCUGUACGGGGCGGGGCUGCCGCCGCUGCCCUGGCGGCGUCGCCUGGAGAUCUGCAUCGGCGCCGCCAGGGGGCUGCACUACCUGCACACGGGGGCGGCGCAGAGCAUCAUCCACCGGGACGUGAAGACUACCAACAUCCUGCUGGACGAGGACCUAGUGGCCAAGGUGGCGGACUUUGGGCUCUCCAAGGCGGGCCCCGCCAUUGACCAGACCCACGUCAGCACCGCGGUCAAGGGCAGCUUCGGGUACCUGGACCCGGAGUACUUCCGGCGCCAGCAGUUGACCGAGAAGUCCGACGUUUACUCGUUCGGGGUGGUGCUGAUGGAGGUGCUCUGCACGCGCCCCGCGCUGAACCCGGGCCUGCCACGCGAGCAGGCCAACAUCGCCGAGUGGGCGAUGACGUGGCAGAAGCGGGGCCAGCUGGUGCAGAUCAUGGACCAGGCGCUGGCGGGGAAGGUCAACCCGGCGUCGCUCCGCAAGUACGGGGAGACGGCGGAGAAGUGCCUGGCGGAGCACGGCGUUGACCGGCCCUCCAUGGGGGACGUCCUCUGGAACCUCGAGUACGCGCUCCAGCUCGAGGAGACCUCCGCCGCCGCCGCCGCCGACGACCCCGGCGGCGACAGCACCAACCACAUCGCCGCCCUCCCCCACCUCCUCGAUGACCCGCCGGCGCCGCCUGCCGGCGUUGUCACCGGCGCCGCCACCGGCGAGGACGACCCCGAUGCCGCCACCAGCGCCGUCUUCUCCCAGCUGGUCAACCCCCGCGGCAGGUGA